AUGUUUGGCAAUAAUAAACCAAUGUUUGGAGGUAGCAACCUUUCCUUUGGAUCAAAUACGUCAUCCUUCGGAGGGCAACAACCGCAACAAGCGGGUGCUAUUUUCGGUAAUAACAACAAUAAUAACAAUGCCACCAACAACAAUGCACAGUCAGGAUUUGGCGGAUUCAGCUCCACCGCUAGAAGUACUAGCAACAGCUUGUUCGGAAAUAACAACAGUGCGCAAAACAAUGGAGCCUUUGGCCAAUCAAUGGGCACCACUCAGAAUUCACCGUUUGGCUCCUUAAACUCUUCAAACACCAGUAACGUGAACAGUUUUGGAGGAUCCAACUCAAUGGGGUCUUUUGGUGGGAAUACUAAUAAUGCAUUCAAUGGUAGUAAUAAUAAUAUUAAUAAUAAUAGUAAUAAUAACAAUAAUAAUAAUAAUAAUAAUAGUAAUAACAAUAGCACCAAUCCUCCGUUUGGUUUGAACAAACCAAACACUGGAGGAUCUUUGUUCCAUUCCCAAAAUAAUAACAGUGCAGGCAAUUCUAGUCUAUUUGGUGGCCAAAAUACGAAUGCCACUGGUACGUUCGGAAACAGUGGAACAGGUUUUGGAACAGGUUUAAACAAUAAUGCCACCAGCAUGUUUGGCGCAGGGAACAACUCACAAAACAAUGCUGCAGGUGGUAUGUUUAGCAACCAGCAAUCUUCAACGUUUGGAGCGAACAGCCAACAAGGUGGUUUAUUUGGGCAGCAAUCUCAGAACACCAAUAAUGCAUUUGGCAAUCAAAGCCAACUUGGAAGGAGUUCAUUCGGAUCAAAACCUGUUGGCUCAGGGUCAUUAUUUGGUCAGAGCAGCAACACCCUUGGAAGUACAAAUAAUAAUAGCAAUGGACUUUUCCCUCAGACCAAUGUUUCUAACCAGACUAGUUCUAAUGGUGGACUUUUUGGACAAAACCCAAUAAAUAAUAACACCCAAGGAAUGUUCGGGCAAAGCAAUAAUCAAAUGCAAAUGAAUGGCAACAAUAGCAACAGUCUAUUUGGAAAGGGAAAGGCUACUACUGGUUUUGGUCAACAGCCAAGCAACAAUGCCACGAGUUUAUUCGGAAGCAAGCCAUCUAACGGCGGAUUAUUUGGUCAGCAGGGUCCUACCACCAACACCUUUUCUAACUCUGCAUCAGGAGGGUUGUUCGGUCAAAAUGACACACAGCAAGGGUCCGGCCUGUUUGGCCAAAAUUUCCAGACAAGUGGUGGUGGUGGUGGUGCGCCUUUUGGGCAGGGGCAACAGCAACCGAACACCUUCAAUCAAACUGGUACCGGAUCAGGUCGUUUCGGACAGAACAACAACCAACCACAACAAUCGACUGGCCUGUUUGGUACUAAACCAGUAGGGCCAACUGGAUCUAUUUUUGGAGAUAAUCCUUCAACUCAGUCAAGCUCGCUUUUUGGUACUACAAAUGCACCCACUUCAAAUACACAAUCACAACAAGGAAGUAACCUUUUUGGCGCCACUAAGCCGAUCACAAUGCCCUUUGGUGCAAAUCCUACCAUUAACCAGCCGGGAGGUGAAAACAAUAUUUUUGGGGCUAAAACCGCUUCCACCACCGGCUCACUAUUCGGAAAUAAUACAGCUUCUACUGCGACACCUUCCGCAGGUGGCUUAUUUGGCAAUAAUACCAAUAGUUCUGGCAAUACUACAAAUACAGGACUUUUCGGUACAAAGACUGAAUCUCAGUCAAGGCCAGCGCUAGGAGGAAGUUUGUUUGGUAAUUCGAAUCCUAAUGCUUCUGUAAUUGGCCAAAAUAAGCCAGCUUUUGGGAGUACAAAUCAAAACACUGGGCUUUUUGGAAGUACUAAUGCAAACCCUUCAACCGCAAUUUCAACUGGCGGAAAUUUUGGCCAAAAUAACAGCACUUUCAAUACAGGUGCACAGAAUGCACCACCUGUCAACAAUUUUUCCCAAAAUUCCUUUGCGGGUACAACAGGAAGUCCUUCCUUAGAAUUGUCAAUUGCAGCUAAUAAUGAUCACCUUUUUUCCAAGAUUUCAAUUCCUAAUUCUAUAACAAAUCCAGUCAAGGCAACUUCCUCGAAAUUGAAUGCAGACAUGAAAAGAAACAACAGUCUCACUAGUGCUUAUAGAUUGGCUCCAAAACCAUUAUUUGUUCCUUCUUCUGUCAACAACGCUAAAUUCAAAAGGUGGGGGAAGACGACAGAAGGAAAUGCUUGGGAAAGUAGAUCUGGCAAUUCUUCCGCGGAACCUGAAUCUAUUCUUUUGGCUUCGAAGGAGUUACUGUUUUAUCCCGAUAGAAAAUAUUUGAAACAUUUGGUAAUUAAAAAGAAUAAAAGCUUAAAUGUCGUAAAUUCUAACGAUUUGGAGCCAAAUAAGGUAAAAUUGGUGACAUUCACUACAGAACCACUUUCUGAAGAUAACCGUAGCUCUUCCAGCCUCGUGCCUUCAGCCUUAGCUGACGAAAUCGAUUCUUGUGAAAACGUUCAACAGGAAGAUUGUGACAAGAACUCUUCUGACAUUCAAUCAGCACCUUCAAGUGGUCUUACACCUACUCACAUUGCUGAAAAUGAAAAGAUUGACAACAGGAUUCCAGGUCUGUUAAGCAACGAUGUUAGCUUUUUCCAGAAUAACUAUUAUAUUUCACCAUCCAUGGAAACACUUGGUAAUAAAUCAUUGAUUGAACUUCGCAAAAUAAGCAAUUUAGUCAUUGGUCACAGGGAUUAUGGUAAGGUCGAAUUUCUGGAACCUGUUGAUUUGUCUAAUACUCCCUUAGAUACUUUGUGCGAUGACAUUGUUAUUUUUGGACAAAAAUCGUGUUCGAUAUAUGAAAACUGUUCCAUUAAACCGAAAAAAGGAGAAGGGAUUAAUGUGCGUUGUAGAGUUACUCUGUACUCCUGCUUCCCUAUUGACAAAGAAACUAGGAAGCCUAUAAAAAACAUGAUACAUCCUCUUCUGAAAAGAAGCAUUGCUAAAUUAAAAGAAAAUCCAGUAUAUAAGUUCGAAAGCUAUGACCCCGUAACAGGUACUUAUAGUUAUACUGUAGACUCACCAGUUUUACCUUGA